ACAAGUUGGUAUAAGCAUGCAGACUGAUGAACACAAAUGAAAGCAAAAGAAAGAAAAGGUGAAAACCACAGGAAGAGGCCAGGAGAAUGUGGAAUUGAGAAGUUUCCUUUAAGAAUAGAAUUGUUGGGACUUGAUUGCUCAUAUCAUCUCAUCACCUUCUUCAUAGAGGUCUUCAUCUUGCAGCAUCAGAACUCAACCUGUGUGAUAGAACUAGUCUUAUUCAACAACUGAAGAGGUAAAACAAGACCAUGUCUUUAGUUAGACCAGCGGAGCUCUCCGCCACAUCUUACAGAAACCCCAAACUCUACUCUCCAAAGGGCAGCAAUGACAGUUCCACCUUGUCCACUCAAACAUUUUCCUGUGAUAAGAGUAAGACUCUCUAUGUGGCUGAUCCUUACUCCGCUGAGAGCUAUGAGUACUUCCUUGACUCCCCAAUGGAAGGAAUUGCAAAUCCAUCUAGCUCUGGCAUUUCUGGAAAUUCAACUAAUCCACAAGGUGACUCAUCUUACCAGCUCAGAGCUGGAUCAGUUUCCUCCUUGAACACUCAAAAUCCAUUUAACACUUCUUUAAUGUCCAUGACGCAACAUGAUGCUUAUCAAUCCAAUUUUGAAUCAGAUUACUUUGAGAGUCAAAGCCCCGAUGCAGAUAGCUUUGAUGAAGCUAAGAUGAGACUGAAGCUUCAAGAAUUGGAGCGAGCACUUCUUGAGGACAAUGAUGAUGAAAAUGAUGAGGAAAUAAACUGCAGUAGUCAAAGCAUGGAAGUGGAUGGUGAAUGGACAGAUCCAAUCCAGAAUGAAUUGCUCCAUGACUCACCCAAGGAGUCUUCAUCAUCUGAGUCUAAUGUGAGCAGCAUCAGCAGCAACAAAGAAAUAUCACAAGCUUCUCCUCGGACACCCAAGCAACUGCUUUACAACUGUGCUGGUGCACUUUCAGAGGGCAACAUCAAAGGAGCAUCAACAAUGAUAAGUGAGCUCCGGCAGAUGGUCUCGAUUCAAGGAGAUCCUGCUCAGAGGAUUGCAGCGUACAUGGUAGAAGGCCUCGCAGCUCGCGUGGCUUCCUCGGGAAAAUUUCUUUACAGAUCUUUGAAAUGCAAGGAACCCCCAUCCUCUUAUCGCCUUGCAGCCAUGCAAGUUCUUUUUGAGGUGUGCCCUUGCUUCAAAUUUGGCUUUAUGGCUGCAAAUGGAGCCAUUAUAGAAGCAUGUAAAGAUGAAAAAAAAGUUCACAUAAUAGAUUUCGACAUAAACCAGGGGAAUCAAUACAUAACACUCAUACAAACACUUGCUAAGCGACUAGGUAAGCCACCACACUUGAGGUUAACAGGGGUUGAUGAUCCUGAGUCCGUUCAACGCCCUGUUGGGGGCCUUAACAUCAUUGGACAAAGGCUUGAGAAGCUUGCCGAAGCACUUAAAGUUCCAUUUGAGUUUCAAGCAGUGGCCUCGAGGACUUCAAUCGUCAAUACCUCAAUGCUGGACUGCAGGCCCGGGGAAGCACUUUUGGUAAACUUUGCUUUUCAGCUUCACCACAUGCCUGAUGAAAGUGUUUCAACAGUAAACCAGAGGGACCAGCUUCUUCGGAUGGUCAAGAGCUUGAGGCCAAAACUCGUUACAGUUGUAGAACAAGAUGUGAACACCAAUACUACCCCCUUUUUCCCAAGAUUUAUUGAAGCCUACAAUUACUACUCUGCUGUUUUUGAUUCCCUUGAUGCAGCUCUCCCAAGAGAGAGUCAGGAUAGGAUGAAUGUUGAAAGGCAGUGCCUGGCACGGGACAUAGUGAACAUUGUUGCAUGCGAAGGAGAGGAAAGAAUAGAGCGUUAUGAGGUAGCUGGAAAGUGGAGGGCUAGGAUGACCAUGGCAGGAUUUACUUCAUGUCCUAUGAGCACAAGCGUAACUGAUUCAAUUCGGGAACUUAUCAGACAGUACUGUGACAGGUACAAGGUGAAGGAGGAGGCCGGUGCACUUCAUUUUGGAUGGGAAAACAAAAGUUUGAUUGUUGCCUCAGCAUGGAGGUGAUGAUGUUGAUGGAUAUGUAUCAUUUAGAUCCAAACUACUGUUAUGCUUUCAUUCAGUCUUGUACUUAUAGUUUUGUGUGAGAUCAAAACGUACCUAGGGAGCUGCUACUUAUCUAACACAUUGAUAUAUGAUCUCUAUGCUUGUAAUAGAAUAACCUUUCUAUACUCUUCUCCAUCUUAUCAUUCUAUUGCU